AUGUCAUCUCCAUUUAUCUCUUCCAAUUUAUCAUCAGUAUCGACAUUACAGGAAGAAAGUCAAACAGUACAAUCAUACUUAAAUAUAAACGAAGAGUUAAGGACAAUGAAAAAAAUCGAAAACAACAAUUUAAAUGUUCUUAACUAUGUUCAUCAUUCGUCUACAAUAAAUUUGAAAGAAAUAACAAUCAUAUGGACAAAUAUAAAUAAACCAAUGAACGUAACUUAUUAUUUUAUGGAAACAUGUAAUUAUGCAUGGAAUAGUCACUGUGAACAAAAAUACUAUGGUCAUUUAAAUAUUGGAUUACCUGACAUUUUUAUUACACAUUUAAACCAAAAAUCUAUUUCACAACAAGUCAGUUAUAUGAAUGAAUAUUCGAUAAAAACACAAAAUAACAUCAAUGAAAAAUUUGGACAUUUCAGUAACUGUAAUGAUUCAACUAUUUCAUUAAUGGAUCAAAGAAUGACGAACGUUCAGACAAUGUAUUUACAUGAUUGUAAUUCAAUGAAAUGGAUGUUUUAUACAACAAGAUGGCCUUCUUUUCUUGUUCCAGGUAGAAUGUUAACUGAAAAUUUCUUAAAACCUAAUUGGGCAGUGCCAUUUCGUCGUGCUUCAACUAAACAACUGUUUGACGAUAUAAAUCGUUACAUACUGAGUGGUAAAUGGGCUCAUUCAAGUCAAAUAUUUAUCAUUGACCCCUUGGCCUUAUCACCAUUUUCACCGAUAGCUCUUCGUAUUAUCUAUGAUCAUAACGAACCUCAAAAUGAGAAAUGGAUAUACGUCUCUGAAUGGUUAUCACCUUGGCUUUCAAGUACAAUUUUUACAACCGAACAACGAGGCAGAUUUCCCGGAAUUUCAAUCUUCUGUUGGUUAGCUUUUAUUUCAAAUUGGAUUAGUUAUUUAUCUCGAUAUGAAUUAUAUCACACUUGUCUUGGUUAUUCACGCCCUGAAACAACAAUCUUUUCUAAAGCGUGCAGAUUAACAGAGCCAUUUGGUUCAUGUUAUACUUUUUCUCAUUCUCUAACAUGUGGUCAAAUAAGUUUAUUUGAUGGUUGGAUAUUAUGGUUAAGUAGUUUGAUGAUGCAGCAAAUUACUAAAUUCUCAGUAAAAUUACUAGAUUAUAUUAACAAGAAAUACAUUAAAUGUUUACCUGUGUGUCGUUUAUCUUCAACUUAUAAUCCACUUAAUGGCUCGUCUACAGCUAUAUAUGUUUUUACUGAUGUUGAUGAGAUUUAA